AGCUUUGACGGACAGCCGGUCUAACUACCUCACUGAGGAGGGUCCUGAACGAAGGCCGACGGAGCCAAUGGACAUGCCCGAGGCAUUCCGGGCCGCCUUCGCCAGCAGCCAAUGAGCGUGCGGAGGGCGGGGCCUCCCUGGGCUCCGCCGCGCCGCCGCCUCCUCUACCUCCUCCUCACCAGCGCUAAAGCCGGGACUGGACCGAGCGGAGUUGUGCGUGUCGCCGAAGGGGGGUGGGCCGGGGGAGGGGAGGUUCGUUCCGCGGAGCUGCAGCCAGAACCGGAUUCUUCGGUGUGGGUAAACACUCAGUGGGAAGAUCAGUUGACAGUACAGGCUCAUGCCUUCCUAGGAAAAUUGGCCAUGGCAGCUCACCUCACAGAUGCGGGUUCUUCAGCCAGUGCAUCUAGAAGCUCACCAGCGGAAGAUGAUGAUGUUGUGUUCGUUGAAUCAAUACAGCCUCCAAUUUGUGCUCCAGCAGUAGCUGAGGAAAGAAACUUUGUAGUUGCAUCUUCAAAACAUGAAAAUCCACAAGGAAAUUACUCCAUCAUUCCUCCUUCUUUAAGAGAUUUUACGUCUCAGAAGGGAAAUAUAUGUGAAACAAUUGUUAUUGAUGAUGAAGGAGACACAGAAACAGAUGGAGGGGAGGAGAAAAAUCCUACCAAUUUUACUGAAUGGGGACCUCAUGGAAACAAAAACAGUACCAAAAAUUUGGAUUUCUUCAUUUCCAGUCUAUCAAGAAGUAAGACCAAGCCUGGAGUUGGACCUUUUAAUCCUGGUAGGCUGGAUGUAGCAGAUGCGCUCCAGAGUGGAAGGUGUGCAGCACAUCCCAAUCCUGAUUCUUGGAUCUCGCAGUCAGCAUCAUUUCCUCGUAACCAGAAACAACAAGGAAUGGAUUCUUUAUCACCAGUGGCCUCACUUCCUAAACAGAAUUUCCAGCCCUCAAACCAGCAUCUUACUAAACCUGUUAAAAUCACUUGUGCAAACUGCAAAAAUCCUCUACAGAAGGGGCAGACAGCUUAUCAACGAAAAGGAUUAGCUCACCUCUUUUGUUCAACCACCUGCCUUUCUUCUUUCUCUCACAAACGGACUCGAAAGACACGGAAUGUAGCAUGUAAAAAAGAUUCUCCUAUGAAGACAGCAACCGUUAUUCCUCCAGUGGAGUCAAGCAAGUCCUCAACAGAAUUUUAUACUGCAUCUCUGUCUCCCUGUGAAUACUACCAGGAUCUCAGAAAAGAAGUUUUUACGAAGUCAAGAUGUAUCAUGUGUAAUAAAUUAGGAGAGGUUCGUCAUGAAAUCAGUAUUAACAGUGUAACACAUAAACUGUGUAGCAACAAUUGCUUUAAUGAAUACAGAUUGACUAAUGGUCUAAUUAUGAACUGCUGUGAACAGUGUGGCAAGUAUAUUCCCAAGAAUACUGGACACAAGGUUCUGAUUUCAGGUCAGCAAAAGAGCUUCUGCUGCCAGAAUUGUGCCAGUGAAUAUAAAGAGAUAAUGGAAACAAAGUCAAAAAUAUCACUUUUACAAAACAGAAAAAGGAAUGCUGUCAGAGAAGAAAAUGAAAGACGAUUAUAUGAAUCAAGUACACUUUCAGAAAAAGUAGGAGAAAUACCAGAAAAAAAGGAGAAGAUUUCAGAGGUAAUAGAAAUUGCAGCAGAAUGUAGCUUAGACACAUCGAAGGAGUCACAUGUGAACUCAGCCCCUGAGACAGCAGUGCCUGAUACAGUUCAAGAGUACCUGGGAGAUGGGAGUUCAGACUCUGGUAUGUCAGGUGUGCUAUCUUCAGAUCCAGGCUCCUGGCCCCGGAUCUUGAAUAUGAAACAGCGUGAUAUUCUUGUCAAAAAUGAUCCACCUCAAAUAAGAAAUUUUCAUUUUCCAAAGGACAAUACGGGGAGGAAGUUUUCCGAAACGUACUACACACGGAUCCUUCCCAGCGGUGAGAAGGCCUCCAGGUCCUGGCUGCUCUAUUCAGCCUCCAAAGAUGCGGUGUUCUGCCUAUAUUGCAGACUGUUCGGGGAAGGGAAAAAUCAACUGAGAAAUGAGAACGGGUGCAGAGAUUGGCAGCAUCUGUCCCAUAUUCUUAGUAAACACGAAGAGAGUGAAAUGCACAUCAACAACAGCGUGAAGUAUUCAAAGUUAAAAUCUAACCUGGAAAGUAAAACCGAUGAAAGUAGAGACCACAGACUUAAUGAAGAUGGGGAAAAUGGUGUACUGCUGUUGUACACAUAAUGUCCUGUCUGCUCUAGACAUGACAGUGUCUGCACCACCCAGAAAAGUUUAGUACCAGGAGCCAGUACCAUUACACUGUGGCAUUCUUAAGUGGAGCUCUUACAGGAGUUCAUUUCCAGUAUGUCCAAUAGCAAAUGAGUAGUAAAAAUCUUCCUGUCCAGAUGCAAAGGCAAUUGGAGUGAUUAUUAAAAGCAGUUUGGGUUUUGUUACUAUGUUACUAUAACUUUCACCUUGUUAAAGUUAUUCUCAGAGGACUCCCACUUAAUGGCCAAGAGCCAGAGAAUACAAGAUACAUAAGUAAUAAGCAUUUUUGACAUUGCUAAAGGAAAUAUGUUCAGGCCAGGCAGUGGGGGUGCACACCUUUUAACUCAGCAUUCGGGAGGCAGAGACAGGUGGAUCUCUGUAAGUUCUGAAGCCAGCCUAGUCUACAGAGCAAAUUUCAGGACAGCCAGGGCUAUACAGAAAAGGAAAAAAAAAAAAACCCUAUCUUGGAAAACCAAAAAAGAAAAUAUUCAGUUUAAGAACAGAAUAGAAUCUGCAGCUACAGUUAUUUGCUAGUAAACCAAAUUCUUGUUUUUUUUUAAAAAAUUUUUCUCUUUGUGCAAAUCCGUUCAUUUGUUACACUAAAUAAAGGUAAUUUGAAUUUA